GAGUAUUGAAUUGAUUGUAUAGUAUUUGAAGAAAACCAUUGAAACACAAAAGGCAUUGAAUUUUGGUUUUCGUUUCGCAUUUGUUUCGGUCAACAGAAGACUUAAAAGGACACCAAAAGACAAUGGUUUUCGAUGUCAAGGAAGACGUGAAAAUGAAUUCACAUAAUAUGUCUUUGAAUGGCGACGGCAAUGGUAUUGCCAUCAGAAGAGGUGUGAUUGAUGGCAAAAAUGAUUUGCUUCAGCAAAUCGGCGGUCUUUAUAUGAAUGACCAAACAAGUGAUAUUAAACUUAAAGUCGAGGGUCAGGUACUGCCGGCACAUAAAAGCAUUGUCUCCGCCAGAAGUCAGUAUUUUUUUAAGCAGAUCUUCGGCACCGACGGCGGUGCCGGUGAUCACCGGUCAGGCAGUUCACUAAAAGGCGGUACUCUUGAGAUGUUCGGCACGACUGCCAGUGCAUUGAAAAUGGUUCUCAAAUAUCUCUAUUGCGGUGAACUUGUCGUCGAAGACUUGGGACUUGAAGUUAUCAUUGAUGUCCUGACUCUUUCACAUCGAUGCAAACUUUUGGAAAUUGUGUCCGGAAUUUCCAAUUAUCUUAAAGACAUCGUUGCCAUUGAUAACGUUUGGACAAUCUAUAGCGCAAGCAAUCUCUUUGAAGAGACCAAUUCGUUGGCCGAGUUUUGUCUACGAUUUAUGGAUUCAUCGGCUGUUAAACUGUUGAAUCACGAGACGACUUAUGCACAGACUGUCAGUAAUUUCAAACUAUUGAUUAAUCGCAAGACUUUUGACGCUCCAGAAGUGGAAAAGUUUAAAGCGGUCUACAAAUGGAUUAACAAUAAUCCAGAACUCGAUUCAAAAGAUUUGGUUAAUUGUGUUAAUCUUCAGCGGUUGGGUCAGGAAGAGUUGCUUCAAGUGGUUAGACCAACACAUUUGGUGACUGAUUCACAAAUUUUGGAUGCAAUUACACCGAAACGCAAAAGAGUCUCAUUGGACACUUCGACCAAUACUGAAACGAUCAAAAUGGAGGCCAUCGAGUUUACGCCGAAGUUUACCAUUAAGACUAUGAAACACGAGACAGAAGCUGUCGGUUAUUACUAUUUUAUUGAAUUGACUGAACCAUAUGAGAUCAAUCACAUUAAGAUGCGAUUAUCUGAAUUGAUUUCUGGCAAAGGAGAGUAUAGUUAUUUCAUUGAGACCUCAAUCGACAAUGAAAAGUGGAUGAAAGUGAUCGACUAUUCGAAAUUCAUCUGUAGAUCGUGGCAACAGCUCUUCUUUGAUAAUGUUAAUGUCAAAUACAUUAAAGUCGUGGGCACUAAACCUGAUGGCAAAAUUGCUGAUAUAAUUAUCGAUUCAUUUGACUGCAGUUAUAGUCACAGUGCGGCCAAACAAGAGAAUGGAUUCAUAAUACCGACCGAAGACAUCGCUAAUCUUGAUUGUGGAACAAGAAUUCGUUAUCCUAUCAAUCGUCACGACUUAUAUCUGUUGCAUUCAACCCAACGCUACGCUUAUUUCAUUCCGGUUCGUAAUUUUGGUGACGACUUGAAGAAGAAUGCAUUCAACAUACAGUUGGCUCAGCCCUAUCUACUCGAUUCACUUGAGUUUAAGAUCUACCACAAAGACAGCAAUGAUUCGUAUAGAUAUUAUGUGGAAGUUUCGGCAGAUGAGAAGUCAUGGGAACGUAUUAUUGACCGAACAGACAAUCCAGGACAAGGCCUACAAGUUCUUAAGUUUUCGAAACUUCCCGUUUGUUUCGUCCGAAUUGUAGGAACCGCUGGUGUCGGUCCCGGUUGUAGUAAGUUCUUGGGCUGUAGUGCUUUGAGAUGUCCCGCUAUUAGCAAUCCUGAGGACGAAUAGUCAGACCAUAUAUUAUUAACUUUUAUUUUGUUUUUUAUUUUUUUGUCAUUUUGUUUUAAUAUCUUAAUCAUUAUAACAGUAUAUAUUUAUAUUGACAAAUAUGUGAUCACAAUUUAAUUGUAUUAACUAUCAUUUAAUUUACCAAAUAAUUUACA